GCGACGAGCAGCGAAAACAACGGAGGCGGGGGCGCGGGGAACUAUCGGUGACGACGCGGGUUUUACCGGACAGACAGAGGGCUGUAGUCGCUUAGUUAUUUGAAUGACUAAAUGUAAAGAUAAGUGCGUUACCGGUGAUUGCCGCUGGUCCGUUACACUCUCCGUCACACCGUGGCUUUGGGUUUUGUUUGUAGUCGUACGGGAACACGGUGGGGCGCCUUACUCGAUAUGUCGAAUGAAUUAAUAUCGGUUCGUGGAUGAAGCGGCCGUGGAUAAAUUAAAAAACAAAACAAAACAAAACAAAAAAAACCAAUAUGAAGUUAACGAUUAACGCGUUGUGCUUCGUCUUCGCGGCCGCCUAUGCAACGACAGAAGCUCCGGAGGACACCCUGUCCUUGGCUGAGCUGGAAGACAUGUUGCUGAGGACUCUUUUCCACGGCUACCAGAAGUGGGUGAGACCUGUCUUCCACGCCAAUGACACCAUCACCGUGCGCUUUGGCCUCAAGAUCUCACAGCUGGUGGAUGUGGAUGAAAAGAACCAGCUAAUGACUACUAAUGUCUGGCUGUGGCAGGAGUGGACUGACUGUAAGCUACGCUGGAACCCAGAGGAUUAUGGGGGAAUUACUUCCAUCAGAGUGCCCUCAGAGAACAUCUGGCUGCCGGACAUUGUCCUCUAUGAGAACGCUGAUGGGCGUUUUGAGGGCUCCCUGAUGACCAAAGCCAUCGUGAAGUACAACGGCACGGUCACGUGGACGCCGCCAGCCAGCUACAAGUCCUCCUGCACCAUGGACGUCACCUACUUCCCCUUCGACCGACAGAACUGCUCCAUGAAGUUCGGCUCGUGGACCUACGAUGGCGCCAUGGUGGACCUCGUGCCGGUGGCCCCCCACGUGGACCGGAGAGACUUCUUCGACAAUGGCGAGUGGGAGAUCCUGGAUGCCGCGGGCCGGCGCGGCCACCGGCGCGACGGCCUCUACUCCUACCCGUUCGUCACGUACUCCUUCAUCCUCAAGCGCCUGCCGCUCUUCUACACACUCUUCCUCAUCGUACCCUGCCUGGGCCUCUCCUUCCUCACCGUGCUGGUCUUCUACCUGCCGUCGGACGAGGGCGAGAAGCUCUCACUCUCCACCUCCGUGCUGGUCUCCCUCACGGUCUUCCUGCUGGUCAUCGAGGAGAUCAUCCCCUCGUCGUCCAAGGUCAUCCCGCUCAUCGGCGAGUACCUGCUCUUCAUCAUGAUCUUCGUCACCUUCUCCAUCAUCGUCACCGUCUUCGUCAUCAACGUGCACCACCGCUCGUCCGCCACCUACCACCAGAUGGCACCGUGGGUCAGGAGCCUCUUCCUGCACAAGCUGCCCCGGCUGCUGUGCAUGCGCGACCACGCUGACCGCUACCGCGGCCCGGACGCUGAGCCGUGCAGCCCGGAGCCAAAGCGCGCCAGGAGGGGGUGCCGGUGGGGCGCCGGCGGGCCUGCCGGGCGGGAGGAUGAAAACGAGGCCUGGCUCUCCAUGCUGGAGAAGGCCACCAGCUCGGUGCGCUACAUAUCCAAGCACAUUAGGAAGGAGCACUUCAUCAGAGAGGUGGUCCAGGACUGGAAGUUUGUGGCCCAGGUGCUGGAUCGGAUCUUCCUGUGGGCUUUCCUCACUGUGUCAGUGUUAGGCACCAUCUUCAUCUUCACUCCGGCUCUGCACAUGUACCUCAGCACCACCCUUUCGUAAAGACACAAAACCUCAAAAAUUACACUAAUGUCACUGAAACCGCUCUGUAAACACACCUCCCAACACAUUACCGGUCCAUUCUAUAUGCAAAUGACACAAAUAAAGGGUUUUUUUUCUGUUUCAAAAAUGCUUUAAAAACUUGGUCACGCUUGCUAGUUACUCAGUCCUAUACUUUUAUGAAGCUGGUAUGAAGCUGUGGUAACUGGCUGGUUACACAGACCACAGGACCAGGGCAUGGCAUGCAUGAUAAGGUAAGCUUGCAUGUUUUUAGUUAGAUAAUAAACCUCACAGGAUGUUCGCAAGUUGUCAAGGCAACCGUUCUUUAAUAUACCUGUCUGUAACUGGUAGGGGAGUAAAGAAUGUAUGUAUAUGGUGUCUGUGGGGAGCACAAAUAGAUUUUUUUUGCUUGAAGCCUAACUGCACCCCACCGCACCCAUAAAUCUCAGCCCUCUGAUGUAUAUUGAACACUAAGCAGUUGAUUAUGACCUUCUGAAACCUUCGCUCUCAUUGGCUGUCUGCAGUGUCAGUAACAGAAGUGUACACAUUCUCCCUUUGUGAUGCGGGUGUGUUGGUUUUUACCAAUAACUCAACCAAUAACUGAAAUUCACUCCAGCCAUGAACGUUUUCCAGGACUGACUGACAUACUUAGUAGGCGUUAAAUUAUUAUAAAAUAGUAUUACAUUUAACUGACACUGUGUGCACCUAACAGGCUUCCCAACUAAACUACUUAUGCUGUUUUGUUUUUCUGUCUUGUACUACUGUUUAAGAAUCAACCUCUUCUAAGAGGCAGGCAAAAGGAACAGCUUCUGACUGGUCAGCUUACAUGUCAGUCAAAGGGCCACUCUGGUCAAGAAGAGAACUACUGAACUAUUGAAUACAUGAUCUGGACUUUAUAUCAAGGCCAUCACAUUCUCCACUUAAUCCCCCAGUUUAUACCAACCCUACAACCAUUUUUAAAUGCCCCACCAAAAAAAAAAGUUUUGGGGAAGGCUAGUUUUGGGGGACCCUUCUGCAGUAAGCUUCAGACGCCCACCUGCUACUAAAGCUGACAGUUGAGUGGUUGUGCCGGACAUGUCGCAAUCCAUCCGCACCGUUUGGAGAGUGGAGCUCCCGGGCCUGAGCGAGACUGUCACCCGAGGAGAACGUUCAUAUGAUGUCACGACAUAACACCAUGUCACGAAGAAGUACGGACUUAUCUGUAGUCCUGCAUUUUUUUUCUUUCUUCAAAAACGCAACUGAUUUAAAUCCUUGCCAUAUCCCAGCUUCCCCGAGAGACUGCGGAGUAGACGUCCACCCUGCAUCAGCCUGAAUGUUAAUACAGAGAGGUUAAGGAUAUCUUUCUUUCUCAGCUUCUCAGUUUAUCCACAGGACAGGCGACGGAAAGCAGAGCACGAGCCACAGAUGCCCUCCUACCCAACACUUCUGGUUGCCGGAGGGGAGUUUCAGAAGGAACCCCAACUUGAAUCACUUCUUAAGAACUGUGCUGCCUGGAAAAUAUACUGCAUAAUGAUUUUUUAUAUAUAAGUGGAACCACUGGCAGAAUGUAACUUCCCUCAUAGGAAUAUCUGUAGUGUCCAUUUUGUCUCCCAGGUCACACUGGGGUCAUCGGUAUUAAAGUGUAGUUUUAUCA